AUGGAUAAGAAUUAUUUGACAACAAUAAUUAAUAAUAAAACAAAUUUAAAUUAUCCAUUAUCAUCAACAAUAAUACCAAUCGGAAAUGAUAAUAAAAAUUUCAAUGAAAAAGAUCAUAUAUUAAAUGAACAUGCAUCAACAAAUGUUUUAACUGAUAUACAAGGUUCACGGAAUCUUGAAGAAACAGAUGAAAAUGAAUUACCAUUUCCUGGUUUUGUUGAAACUGUUUUUUUUUGUCUUAAACAAAGUCAAACACCUCGUUAUCAAUGUUUACAAAUAAUAACAUGGCCAUGGUUUGAACGUAUAAGUAUGUUUGUUAUAUUACUUAAUUGUAUAACACUUGGAAUGUAUCAACCAUGUCAACAUUUUGACAAUUCACAAUCACCAAAAAAAUGUGAUACACCACGUUGUAUUUGGUUACAAGCAACUGAUUAUUUUAUUUUUGCUUUUUUUACUCUUGAAAUGUCUAUUAAAAUGACAGCUAUGGGAAUAAUUGGUAAACGAACUUAUUUAGCUGAUACAUGGAAUAGAUUGGAUUGUUUUAUUGUUCUUUCUGGAUUAAUAGAAGCAGUAAUUCCAGGUGAUAUAUUAAGUUUAUCAGCGAUACGUGCAAUUCGAGUUCUUCGUCCAUUACGUGCAAUAAAUCGUGUACCAUCAAUGCGUAUACUUGUCAUGUUAUUACUUGAUACAUUACCAAUGCUUGGAAAUGUUUUACUUCUUUGUUUUUUUGUCUUCUUUAUAUUUGGUAUUGUUGGUGUUCAAUUAUGGAAAGGUUUAUUACGUAAUCGUUGUUUUUUACAAUUAAAUACAACACUUAUAUCUGAUUACGCUUUAUUUGAGGAUUCUGAUUUACGAUCUUUUUAUAUUCCACCUCAAGGCGAUUCAUUUGUUUGUUCUCAGCCUCAAUCAAAUGGAAUGACAAAAUGUUCCGAUAUUCCAAAAUCACGAAAAGGAAAUUUAACAUGUGAACUUGAUUUUGAUAAAAAUAAUCAAGAAUUAUUAAGAAAUCCAAAUAAACCAAUAAAUGCUUGUAUUAAUUGGAAUCAAUAUUAUCAAUUUUGUAAUGUUUCAGAUAAAAAUCCAUAUUCUGGUGCAAUUAGUUUUGAUAAUAUUGGUUUAGCAUGGGUUGUUAUUUUUCAAAUAAUUAGUCUUGAAAGUUGGGUUAAUAUAAUGUAUUAUAUUCAAGAUGCUCAUUCAUUUUGGGAUUGGAUUUAUUUUGUUUGUCUUAUUAUAAUUGGUUCAUUUUUUAUGAUUAAUUUAUGUCUUGUUGUUAUAGCAACACAAUUUAGUGAAACAAAAAAACGUGAAACAGAAAGAAUGUUAAAUGAACGAAGACGUUUUUCACGUUCAUCAAGUAUAUUAUUAAAUGAUGAACCAGGUUCUUGUUGGCAAGAAACAAUUAAAUUUAUUGAACGUUUAUAUAAACAUGCAUACAAUAAACUUUCUACUUUAUGGAAUAAUUAUCGACGAAAUCGUACUAAUGUAAAUAAAAAAAAACGUCGUCGAAAAGAAAAUAUAAACAAUAAAUCAUCAGCAAUUGAAAUUCAUUUAAAUCGAGAUUCAAUAUCAAAUUGUUUAUCAUCACCGAACAUAAAUCUAAAUGAUAAAUCAAACAAUCAAUAUCAUCAAAUUAGAGAUAGUUUAUCUAAUCGAACAGCAGCAUCAUUAUGUCCAUCUAUAGCUGAUGCACCAGCUGCUAGUCCUGAACAAUCUGAUAUAUUAGAUUCAAUCCAUACACCCAAUCCUCAUUUUGAUAUUAUUGAUACAAUUCAACAUUUGUCAUCAUUUAAUCAUGAUCAUGAUAAUACUUCAAUUCCAUCGAUUUUAUUAAAUAAUAUAUCAAUUAAACAAUCUGAUUGUUAUCAUCAAACUAUUCCAAAUGAUAAAUUAACUAUUAAUGAAGAUGAAGAUGAAGAUGAAGAUGAAGAUGAAGAUGAAGUUGAAGAAGAUAAUGAUGAAAAUGUAAUAAAAGAAAAAUCUAAAAUAUCAAAAUAUUUCGAUAAAUAUAUAUGGUCUCAUAUGAUAAAAUUACAAAAAUUUAUAUCAAAUUUUGUUGGAAGUAAAUAUUUUCGUCGUAUUGUAUUAUCAGCUAUUGUUAUAAAUACAUUAUCAAUGGGUAUUGAAUAUCAUGGACAACCUCCAUCAUUAACAAAUGCAUUAGAAUAUAGUAAUUUAGUAUUUACAACAUUAUUUGCUAUUGAAAUGAUUUUAAAAAUAAUUGCUGAUGGUUGUCUUGAAUAUAUUAAAAAUGCUUAUAAUUUAUUUGAUAGUGGUAUUGUUAUUAUGAGUCUUAUUGAAUUACAAGGAAAUAAAAAUAGUGGUCUAUCUGUUUUACGUACCUUUAGAUUAUUACGUGUACUUAAACUUGUCAGAUUUAUGCCAACACUUAGACGACAAUUAAUUGUCAUGCUUAAAACUAUGGAUAAUGUGGCAACAUUUUUCUCUUUAUUACUUCUAUUUAUUUUCAUCUUCAGUAUUCUUGGCAUGCAUUUAUUUGGUGGUGAAUUUUGUUCAAUACAAGCAUUCAAUAUAACAUCACAUGAAGAAUUUCAUAUGAAAUGUCAAUGUUGUACAUGUUAUGAAAAUGAUAUUUUUAAAAAUGAUACUCAUCUCAAAGAUUUCAAAUGUAUACAAAAAAGACAAAAUUUUGAUUCAAUUACUUUUGCAUUAUUAACCGCUUUUCAGGUGUUAACUCAAGAAGAUUGGAAUGAAGUACUUUACGAUGGUAUGAAAACCACAAGUGCAUGGGCAGCAUUGUAUUUUAUAGCAUUAAUGACAUUUGGAAAUUAUGUUUUAUUUAAUUUACUUGUUGCCAUUCUUGUUGAAGGAUUUUCAACAGAAAAAGCGGGUAGCAAUUCUGAUAAUGGAAGUAUUUCAAAUAGACUGGAAAAAGUUGAUCCAUUUACAAGUCAAGCACUUUUUACAGGUGAUAUUGAAGGAACAGCUAAUCCACAUGAAUUAGUUGUCGAUGAAACAGCACAAACUAAUCAAGAUAAUAAAAUUGCUCGAAUAAAAGAAGUGAAAAUAAUAAGUAUACCAAAGAUUGCUAUAAGUAAUGAAAAUGAUUCAAGUUUAUAUGUUGUUGAAAAUUUAUUUAAAAAAAGUUCAAAUUCAAAUUCAAAUAGUUCAUCACCACAUAAAUCUAUAAUUAAAAUUCGUUCAUCUCAACCACAAUCAUUAUCAUCAUCAACAACACAAAGUUUUCAUACAUGUUUUGAAUCAAUUGAUAAACAAUCUAGAAAAAUUUCUUUACCUAUUCAACAAAAUAAUACACUUUCAACAAUUAAAAAUAAAUCAUUAACAAAUAUUUAUAAUUAUAAUAAUCAAACAUAUUAUUAUGAUAAAGAACAAAUUUCAAUAAAUCCAAUACGACGAAUUAAUUCUUAUCAAUCAUCAUUAACAAAACGUUUUAUUAUUCAAGAUAGAAAAUUAAUUGAAGAAUAUAUUAAUCAAUCAGAUAGAAUUCAUAAACGUCGAUUAACAUUUGAUAAUUUUAAUUAUUCAAUAGAUCAAGUUGAUACAUCAAGUAUUUAUGAAACACCAAAACAUGAUUAUAAUCAACCUCUUCAAAAUUCAUUUCGUUUAUUUAUUGAUAAUGAUUCAAAUAUAUUAACAACAAUUAAUAAUCAAUCUGAUAUGCAAAUUGAUAUUAAUACAAAUACAAAUCAAUCUCAACUUCAAACGAAUCGUUUGUGUUUAAAUUGUUUAUGUGGAAAAGGAUUCUAUAAAUAUUUUGAAAAACGAGAAAAUUAUUCACUUUAUAUAUUUUCACCAGAAAAUCGAAUUCGUAAAGCAUUGAAAUAUUUAAUUUUAAAAAAAUCUUUUGAUUAUUUAAUAUUAUUUAUAAUUGCUCUUAAUUGUAUAACACUUGCAAUGGAACGUCCGUCGAUUCCACCAACAAGUGCUGAACGACAAUUUUUAAAUAUAACAAAUAUUAUUUUUACAAUAAUAUUUACAAUUGAAAUGAUGAUAAAAGUAAUUGCAAGUGGAUUUAUAUAUGGAAAACAUAGUUAUUUACGUAGUGGAUGGAAUGUUAUGGAUGGUUUUCUUGUUAUUAUAUCAAUUAUUGAUCUUGCUACAAUGCAUCGAGGAUCAUUAACAUCAAAUCAUUUUGAAUCAGAUGCAGCAACACGUAUUUUUAGCAUGUUAAGAGUUUUUCGUUUAUUAAGAACAUUAAGACCAUUGAGAGUUAUUAGUCGAGCACCUGGUCUUAAACUUGUUGUACAAACAUUACUUUCAUCAUUAAGACCUAUUGGACAUAUUGUUGUUAUAUGUUGUACUUUUUUUAUUAUAUUUGGUAUUCUUGGUGUUCAGCUUUUCAAAGGUAAAUUUUAUUAUUGUGAAGGUCGAUUAGCUCGUGAUGUAACAACGAAACAACAAUGUGAGGAGUUGUCUGAUCAUCAUUGGAAAAAUCAACAAUAUAAUUUUGAUAAUUUAGGUCAAGCAUUAUUAACAUUAUUUGUAUUAUCAUCUCGAGAUGGUUGGGUUCAAAUAAUGUAUAAUGGUAUAGAUGCUGUUGAUGUUAAUAUGCAACCAAUAAGAAAUUAUAAUGAAGCUAAAUUAAUUUAUUUCAUAGCAUUUUUAUUACUUGUUGGUUUUUUUGUAUUAAAUAUGUUUGUUGGUGUUGUUAUUGAAAAUUUUCAUAAAUGUCGUGCUGAACAAGAACGUGAAGAAAAAGCUCGACGUACAGCUAAACGUGCAAAAAAAAUUGAACGUAAACGACGUCGUAUGCGUCAAAUACCAUAUUAUGCACAUUUUUCACCAUGGAGAAGACGUUUACAUAAUAUUUGUAAUAGUAAAUAUUUUGAUUUAAUUAUUGCUGCUGUUAUUGGUCUUAAUGUUGUUACUAUGUCAUUAGAAUUUUAUUUAAUGCCACCGGCAUUUGAUUUAGCUCUUGAUUAUUGUAAUUAUGUAUUUACAACUGUUUUUAUAAUUGAAUCAAUAUCAAAAAUUAUUGCUCUUGGACCAUUACGUUAUUUUAAAGACAAAUGGAAUCAACUUGAUAUAACAAUUGUUAUUUUAUCAAUUGCUGGAAUUUUUUUAGAAAAAAUCAAUAGUGGACAUAUACUUCCUAUUAAUCCAACUCUUAUACGUGUUAUGAGAGUUCUAAGAAUUGCACGAGUACUUAAAUUAUUAAAAAUGGCAAAAGGUAUUCGAGCUUUAUUGGAUACGGUUAUUCAAGCUCUUCCACAAGUUGGAAACUUGGGCCUUUUAUUUUUUCUUCUUUUCUUUAUAUUUGCUGCACUUGGUGUUGAAUUAUUUGGAAAAUUAGAAUGUAGUGAAGAACGUCCAUGUACUGGACUUGAUAAACAUGCACAUUUUAAAGAUUUUGGUAUGGCUUUUUUAACAUUAUUUCGUAUUGCAACUGGUGAUAAUUGGAAUGGAAUUAUGAAAGAUGCAUUACGUCAAGAUGAUUCACCACAUGGAAGAAAAAAUCAAUUUAUGACAGCAUUAGCACCGAUUUAUUUUGUUAUUUUUGUUCUUAUGGCACAAUUUGUUCUUGUUAAUGUUGUUGUUGCUGUUUUAAUGAAAAAACUUGAUGAAUCGAAUCAAAUGAUGUCUGAUGAUACAGAAAUGGAUGAAGAAAUUGAACGACAAUUAGAAGCUGAUGCACAGGAUCGAGAUUAUCUUGAACAACCAUUAAUUGAUGAUAAAGAGUUUCAUUUUCUAAAUGAUAAUAAUAUUAGUUAUUUUCCAUUAACAAAACAAUUAUCUUUACCAGCAAAUUUUACAUUUCAUUCAAUGGAUUCAAUAACAGAACGUUCCGAAAAAGGUAAACCAAUUGAACAAGUGGAUAAUUGUUCAUUAUUAUCAGUGAUAAGUUCAAAAUCAGAUAUUCUAAAAUCAAAAUUUGAUGAAAAAAUUCUUUUAAAUAAGAAUGAAGAAAAUUUAUCAUUAAAUACAGAAAAAAGUGGUGAAAAUGAAAAUAGACGAAGAAGAUAUGUUAAUCAUCAUCGUUCAAAUACAGUUCCUAGACGUAAUCGAAAAAUAAAAAUAAAAUCAUUAAUAAAUAAUCAAGAUGAAAAUAAUAAAUCAAAUAGAAAUCAAUCAUUUUCAAUAUCAUUAUUACAAAUUCAAUCAAAACAACGUCGACCUUUUAUUAAUCAUCAUUGA